AAGUCGCCAGAGGCCGCGCCAGCUUGCCCGCCUCAGGCCGGCGCGGGCGCAGAGGCCUCGGAGGCGGGGUAAUGGCUGCUUUGCACCACGCAGCGAAGCUGGCGGCCUCCAAUUUCCACACCCCGGUCAAUCCCAACACCGGAGCGCGGGUCUCCCUGUACGAACCUGUAGACCCUUUACUGACCCUGGCGGCGGCGGCGGACUCCUUGGAGGAGGAAGAAAAGGAGAAUGGGGCUGAUUUUAACACCAACUUUUCUGGGGUGGAUGAACAUGCACCGAUAAACUAUGAGGACUUUGUAAACUUUUCUGAUAUUUUACAAUCUAAUGAAGACUAUUUCAGGAAACUAGAAGAACUGAAGACUGCCCACAUGCAAACUAUGGAAAAAUUAGAGAAAAUGUACCAGGAUAAAUUAAAUAUAAAGGUACUUCAACCAGUAAUCAUCAAGGAAAAUGGUCUUAGUAACUCUUCUAGAUCUGUAUCAGAAAAGAACUCCUAUCACCCCAUCUCAUUAAUGGCAUCGUAUUCUGAACCUGACUUAGGCCGUUCUUCUUCCUCGUAUAUGUCUUCGUCUGAAGAGGAAUUGCCUAACCUAGAAAAAGAGUAUCCUGGGAAAAAUGGAGUGAUGACCUAUGCUAAGGAGCUUAUCAACAACAUGUGGACAAACUUUUGUGUUGAAGAUUAUAUUCACUGUAAAAAUACUGACUUCCAAUCAGCUGAAAAACCAAGGAAGAAAACAAAACAAUGGGUGCCCAUGAUUACAGUACCUGAGCCUUUUCAAAUGAUGAUUAGAGAACAGAAGAAAAAAGAAGAGGCCAUGAAAUCUAAACCAGAACUUGAAAUGUUACAUAAACAGCUCAAAAACCAAGAGGAAGAUUCAGAGUGUAAAAAGAUAUUCCGAGCCAAUCCGGUUCCUGCAUCUGUGUUACUCCCCCUUUAUCAUGAGUUAGUCAAGCAAAAUGAAGAGCGGAGGAGGUCUCAGAAGGAGAAAAGCAAAGCAGCUCUUUUAGCCUCACAAAAGCCAUUUAAGUUUAUUGCAAGGGAGGAACAGAAGCGAGCAGCGCAGGAAAAGCAGCUGAGAGACUGUUUUAAGAAUAAAAAGAAAACAAAUCGAUUUAAAGCCAGACCCUUACCUCGAUCUAUUUAUGGUUCAAUUACUAAUGACAAGGUAAAAGAAGAAGAACUUUAUGGAAAUAAUAGGACAUGGCUGAGAGCCCGAGAGCUUUCACAGAAUUUGUCCCCUGUCCCUUGUAGGUCAGUUUGCCAACUCAGGGAUCCCAAGAAUCUGGAACAGGCCGUAAAAUUGAAGUAUAAAAGCAAGGGUAAGUACCAGACUCCUGAUUUUGAAGACCUUCCUGAGAGAUAUCAGAAACUCCUCCCAGAACACAGAUAUUUGAAACUGUUAACAGUUGGUAAACCAUUUGAUCUUCGUGCAUCUUCACGUGACUCUACUAAAAGAGAUAAAAUUUUGGCAGACAUUGAAGCAGAUGAAGAAAUUUUAAAAGAAACUCGUUGGCCUUAUUUGUCUCCAAGGCGAAAGUCACCAGUAAGAAGAACAAGUGCAAAGCCUUCCAGCUAUAACCCUGCAAGGCCCACAGUAUCUUCCAAAGGACGAGAGCAAGCCAUAAGGAGAUCACUUGAGGAAAAGAAAAUGUUGGAAGAAGAGAGAAAUCGGAUCCUAACUAAGCAGAAGCAAAGAAUGAAAGAAUUGCAGAAACUCCUAACAACCCGGGCUAAGGCUUAUGACUCACAUCAAAGUUUAGCUCAAGUGUCCAAAUCCCAAGUAAAAUAUCUCAGAAAAAGUGAAAAGGAAAGGAUGAAAGAAUAUCGACGAGAACUAGAAGAAAGAGAAGAAAAAUUAAAGCACAGGCCACUACUGUUUGAAAGAGUCGCUCAGAAAAAUGCAAGAAUGGCAGCAGAAAAGCAUUAUUCUAACACCCUAAAAGCACUAGGAAUAUCUGAUGAGUUUGUUUCAGAGAAAGGCCAAACUGGAAAAGUAUUUGAGUACCUCAGCAAUCAAGAGACAGAAAGUUCCACUGAAGAUAAAGAAAGCUUUAAUGAAGAAGAAAACAUAGAAGAAAGAGAGAAUGAGGAAGAACAUUAUUUUGCUGAUACCAACAGCCAAGAUUCUUGCAAAGAAAAAGAUGAAGCUGAUGAAGAAAGCGGAGAAGAGAAAUCAGUUGAAGAAUAAAAACUAAAUCCUAAGGGUCUGACUCUGUCCUCCAGGCUAGAGUGCAAUGUCACACCCGUAGCUCAUUGCAGCCUUAGACUCUUAGGCUCAAGCAAUCUUCCUGUCUCAGCCUCGAGAAGCCGAGACUACAAGAGGCAUGGCUGUAUCACCAUGUGGCUCACCACAGGUUAAUUUUUUCUCUCUCUUUUUUUUAGACAGUGUUUUUAUGUUUUUUUUCCCUUUGUUUUGUUUUGUGUUUUGAGACAGAGUCUCUGUUGCCCUGGGUAGUCCUGUGGCAUCAUAUCUCACAGCAACCUCAAACUCUUGGGCUUGAGAAAUCCUUUUGCUUCAACCUCCCAAGUAGCUGGGACUAUAGGCAUCUGCCACAACACCUAGCUAGCUCUUCUAUUUUUAGUAGAGCUGGGGUCUCACUCUUGCUCAGGCUGGUCUUGAACUCAUGACCUCAGGCAUCCACCUGUCCCUGCCUCCUAGAGUGCUAGGAUUACAUGUGUGAGCCACUGCGCCCAGCCUAGAAAUUACACUUUUAAGGAAAGAGGACUAGAAGGAGAAUUUUAAAGCAGCAACUAUAUGGAAGGAGCAGCUUAUUCAUAAAUAUGAAUAUUUUGUUUGUGUAACUCUAUAUAAAGUAUCUCACAUUGUAUUACUGGAGUCUCACAUCCAACCUGUGAGGCAGGUAGAGUAUCCUUUCUGUUUUACUAAGGAGGAAAUUAAAUAACACAAGCAAAUCAUGCAACUAGUUAAUGACAAAAUCUGGACCAGGGUCUUCUGCUAGUUCAUUUUUCCCACUCUACCUCCUUUUAUACAAUGUUACCUUCAAAACAGAAGAUGGUAUCAGUUCAAACUCUAUGUUGACCCAGAAACAGCAACAAAAAAAUAGUAAAUACCUUCUCUAAACUAUCAGAAUGUGACAGUUUAUUUAUAAUCCUUAGUAGAAGUACUCUGGAUUAAAAAAGAAUCCCAAAAGAUUCCCUUUAAUCACACAGCAGACACUGUCUACUUAGUUACCUUGAUAUGCAUUAGCAAACAACCUGGAAAUGCACUAUGCACAGUGUUUUACAUCUUCAAUUUAUCUGGUUUCUGUGAAGUCCAAAAAUACGUGUCAUGUUCUAGAAAAAUAAUACAUAAAUAAGUCUAUCACAAUAGCAGUUGAAUCAUUCUAUACAUUACAUAAAUUGCUAAUGACUUUCCUUAUUACUCUUAAUUUCCUUAUUACUUGAACUUACUCAAAAUUUUAAAGAGCACAUCCAUGUACCAUUCACCUAGAUUCACUAAUUAUUAACAUUUUACCAGAUUUGCACUGUCUUUACACACACUUUUUGUUCCACGAAUCAUUUGAAAGUAUGUAGUGUGCAUCGUGACAUUUUACCUGUAAGUAUUUCAGUAGUUGCCUCCUAAGAACUAGGACUUUCUGCAUAAGCACAGUGCUGUUAUCACACCUAAGAAGUCUGAUACAAUAAUAUUAUUUAACAUAGGCUCGGUGCCUGUAGCUCAGCAGCUAGGGCACCAGCCACAUACACCAGAGGUGGCCAAUUGAACCCAGCCUGGGCCUGCCAAACAACAAUAACAAAUACAACCAAAAAACAGCUCGGCGUUGUGGCGGGCACCUGUAGUCCCAGCUAUUUGGGAGGCUGAGGCAAGAGAAUCACUUAAGCCGAGGAGUUGGAGGUUGCUGUGAGCUGUGAUGCUACAGCACUCUACCAGGAGUGACAUAGUGAGACUCUGUCUCAAAAAUAUAUAUCUAUUAUUUAACAGAGUCCUGCUUCAAAAUUUUCCAGUUGUCCCAAAUAGUGUCUUUUAUCAUUGAUGUUCCCCCAAAUCCUGGACCUAAUCAUGUCAAGUGUCGCAUUUGGUUAUGAUAUCUCUUUAGUCUUUUAGCUAAACGCCCUCUAUCUUGUCUUUCAUUCCAUACUUAAACCAUUUUUUAAUUUUAGACAGUCUCACUCUGUCUCCCUAGAUAGAGUGCCGUGGUGUUAUCAUAACUCACAGCAACCUCAGUCUCUUGAGCUCAAGUGAUCCUUUUGCCUCAACCUCCCAAUAAACUGGGACUAUAGAAUGAUGGGCUAAUGUUUCUACUUUUAGUAGAGAUGGGGGGUCUUGCUCUUGCUCAGACUGGUCUUGAACUCCUAAACUUAAGCAAUCCUCCCGUCUCAGCCUCACAAAGUACUAGGAUUACAGUUACAGUUACUUUUUAACAGUCCAGCUCAGUCAUCUUGUAGCCUGAUACACAACUUAGAUUUCUCUAAUUG